AUGAACGAGGUACUGGCCAACAUAACCAUAUCAGCCCUGACCCUCAACACAUGGUACAGCAUUGUCAACGGCACGGACAGCCGCGUUGUCAACGUCUACCACUUCCAGCGCCAUCUCAACUUCUUCCUGCCCUACGGACUUUGCCUUCUGUUCACGCUACCGAUUGUCGCUAUGGGAUUGCUGGCGUUCAGGCACAACGGAGUCUGGGCAGACAGAGGUGGAGAUGGCUGCUCCAUAGGGCUCCCUCGGUGGUCACGAGAGCGUGCCCAAGGACCUGAAGGAACUCAAGCUUCAGCCCCUGGUGGAACGGCCUACCGCGACGUAGAACUCAACGAAUCGGGUGAGGACAUCGCGUUGAUGCGAAUCUCGCAAGAGCGUGGACUGGCUGGAGACGAAGACCCGGCGUCGAGCCAGGCCGGUGUGGUUUCUAGGUUUGAGACGUACAAUGCGGGUGUUAUUCCUUCUAGACGAGCUGGCUUUGGUACCGCCAGUGAGACAAAGCCGUUACGCAGAGGGGAAAAACUAGACAGCUGA